UGCUGCUGCUGCUGUCGCCGCCGGGGCGCCCCGCGCCGCUGCCGCCGCGCUAUAAGUGCGGGAGCGGGGCGCGGCGGCCGCCGAAGAUGCGCUGGCAGCCGGGGCUGCGCGGCGCCCCGCCGCGGCCGCCCUGCGCGGAGGAGGAGGAAGAGAAGAAGAAGGAAGAAGAAGAAGCGGGAGGCGGCGGUGGCGCGGGGCGGCCGCGGCCAUGAGCUGCUCGGACGUGGCCAUGCAGCAGCCCGCCCCGGCGGCGUGCGGGGCGCCCCGCUAUCUGGCCGGCGCCGCGGCCGCACCCGCGGCGGGCUGUUCGCAGAAGAAGUUAGCUGUAUACAACAAGAUGCAGGAGUCUCUGGAAGUGACCCUUCCCAGCAAGCAAGAGGAGGAUGAGAAAGACCAGCCUGCCGAGAUGGAGUACCUUAACUCUCGCUGCGUCCUUUUCACUUACUUCCAGGGAGACAUUGGUUCAGUAGUGGAUGAACACUUCUCAAGAGCUUUGAGCCAAGUCAGUAGCUUCAGUCCAGAAACUGCCCUUACGAAGAGCAAGGCAGGGCUAAAUCCUCUGUGGAGAGAAAGCUCAUCAAUUUCAAGCCAAAGGAGCAGUUUUCCAACUUCAUUUUGGACCAGCUCUUAUCAGCCUCCCCCUCCACCAUGCUUAAGCGGAGUACACCCUGAUUUCCCUGUUACUGCACCAGGCACCUUCCCAACACCAGAUCCCAGCAGCUGGCCAGGACACGGCCUUCAUCAGACUGCCCAGCCUCCUCCCCCUGCCACAUCUGAAUCCUGGCAUUAUCCUUUAGCAUCUCAGGUGAGCCCUUCGUAUGCACACAUGCAUGAUGUGUACAUGCAUCGUCAUCACCCUCAUCCACACAUGCACCAUCACCAUCCCAGCUCGCACCGUGACCCCCGAUAUGGGUCCCUGCUGAUGCCUUCAGUUCGCGCAGCCAGGAUUCCUGCUCCCCAGUGCGAUGUGACAAAGACAGAUCCUGCUGCUGUCACCAGCGCUACCUCAGCAUGGGCUGGAGCCUUUCAUGGAACAGUGGACAUUGUGCCAAGUUUUGGGUUUGACACAGGUCUACAGCAUCAGGACAAGAGCAAGGAAGCUUCUUGGUUCUGAAGUUUGGAUAAAUUAAGACCAGCUAGAGCUGGAGUUGGUGCAGCUGGUCGCACGAUAUAACAGUCAUUGACUCCUUCUGCAUGGGGCAAAGGACACACGUGAAGAUGAAGAGCCAAGCAUUCUGGUUUUGCUAUUGAGCCUUUUGUUUGUAAGGCUGUUUAUGGGUCCCAUAGUGUUGGAAAAAAACAAAAACCUAGCUUUUCUUUCUUUCCUCAUCUGAGCCUGCUGCAGCUGGGCAACCUAACUCCUUUCUGCUCCUUUAACAGUGUUUUGUUUUGUUCUGUUCAGCUUGAUAUUUUUAUGAACAGUCUCAAUUGUCAGGAGAAAGACUCUCCCUUGACUACAGUGCGCCUCCUUUCAGGAAUACAGUAUUUUGUAGCUCUUUGUGCAUCUAUUUUUGUAGAAAUACAGAAAGUUUGGGUAAGAAUUGAUGGGCUAUUUUAGGAUGACAUAUUUUUUUAAAAAAAGUUGUAAAAUUGUUAAGUUCUGUUUAAAGAACUUGCUCUCAGAGAAGCACUGGCAAAAAAAAUGUAUAAAAUGUUAUUUUUAGAUGUCUGUGAUGUGUUUGUGCAUUGUUUUUUUUGUUUGUUUGUUACCUCAAAUGUCUAUCUUUCUUUUUUAAAGAGCUAAACCUUUCUUGUCUCCACAUUACUAGAUUUUGAUGGUUUUGUACUUUUGUUCUAGCUUAAGCAAGUGUAAUUCACACCUCAAUUUUCAGCCAAAUAUUUUUCCUACUGGUGUUAGAUUGUAAUAAGGGUGUUUUUAUUUUCUUGCUUCUAAAGGUGGCUUUGUGCUGUGCUUAUUGUCAGAAGCCUGCAAACACCUUUAGCAUGGAGCAAAGCCUGGGGCUGGCAGAAACUGAAUUUUCAACCCACCCAUUCUUUCAAAAUGGACCAAAUACUCUUACGGAUUUAAAUCAGACAUGAGUUUAGGCCUCAUCCACCUCAAGGAAAGCGCUGAAAUGUUCAGCUCCUGUUGACUUCAAAAUCUGUUUCUCUAACCUAAGAUUUGCUCUGGGCCUUUUGAGACCCCAGCUGCAGCUCUUGAAUUUUGUGAGAAGUUGCACGUACUCUGCUUGCACAAAUUCAGGCCUGGCUGCUGUCUGGGUAAUGAUCUGAACUUGGAAAUGAUGCGGCCAUGUCUAGCCACAGUGCUCUGGCCUCUGAUGUGUGUAACAAGGACUUUAGUUAAGGCCAAGGUGAACAUGAUCCAAUUAUGAGUAAGGGCUGCAAAAUUAGCCUUGACAGCCCUAGUCCUGGGAUGGGCUGGAGCUGGGUCAGCCCCCAUGCCCAACCCUAGGCCUCCAGUGUGAGUGUCAGCAUGUGCUUAGGUGAGGCUGAGUGCAGGAUCAGAGCCUGGGUUGCCAGGUCCUAGCUAUUGCUUGGAGAUGUUGCCUUUCUUCUCUGUGCACCCAGAGUCCCCCUGUAAUAUUUCCCAAGGCGCUUAUAACCUAUUAUAUUUCUCUUACCACUGUUUUCAGACAUCCCUGUCUGAAAGACAAAUCAGCUAAAUGGAAACCAAGACAUAAACACGUGGCUGAAAUAAGAAGAGUUUAAUUUUAAGGCUAUGAGCAUUGUAAAUGUAAGUUUGUCAGGUGGAGACCACAUGCAUCAAUGUGUGAAAGGGAAGGGGGAGUGUUGGGAUGUGCAUGCCAUUCUGAGGUUCAUGUCUCCUUCCCUGUGCUGCUGCUUCUCUCCAGACUUUUUGAACUUGAUCCUACGAGGUAUUGAGCGUUCUUCCUUGCCACGUGAGAGGGCUUGACAUGCUGGCACUGGAAACAUCAGAAUUAUGUUACAAUUUGGCAAGGCUGUUAAGUGGUCUAGCUGAUAUGAAGUUCGAGACAGUGUGAAAGUGCUGAAUGGACUAUGCUUAAACAAUACUUUAAAAUAGUAGGGUUGCAGUUUCUGUGUUGGGAUGCUGAAUUAAAUGUGAUGGGCUUUUUCUGCUCAUCUUUAUAGUCCAUCAACAUUUCUUAACAGAAUUAACUCUCAUGACAGUUCUAUGUGUUAUUGCUGCUCUGCUGGAGCUAGCUCCUCAAUUUGUCAAUGAAUUCAUAAUGCAAUUGGAAAACUGUACAGGGGCAACACAGUAAGAGCUGCCACAGUUCACUUUCUUACCAGGACAGUACAGUUCAGGAAAUAUCUCACGAAUAAUAGUUCUGACAGUGUGAGAAAUAUUGGGAAGGAAAAAAAGUCCAAGCUUUUAAAGUCUUUCUCUUUUUAUUUUUUCUGGACUUGGCAAAGCUGGAAGGCAAAGAGGCAAUGUAUCCUCUUUGAACUUCAGGGCUGGAGAGCUUGUGGGGAGCAAAAGAAAAGCUGACAUUUCUUUUUGAGGUGUAGUGUGUCUGGCUUCCUGAAAUAGUUUAAAAUCUAGCAAGAGUGGUCAGUUCAUUGCCUUCUUUGCAAGUUCAGAUGAGGGACCUCCUCCUGUUCCCUAUAGAUGACAAAGCAGAAUGGGACAGGAAAAAUCAGGCCCAUCGUUUGCACUGGAAUCCCUUUCUGGAUUGUUUUAUUAAGUUAACGAUUAGUGGGGAUGAAUAUGCGGUGAAGCUGUUGCCUCUUCCACCUCAAGGACUACUGUUAUAUGCCCAGUUUCCACUGCUGAACCUUUGAGUGUGUUGAAGGAACUUCUGUUGCUCUGCAGGCUCUAGGACACAAAUACCAACAAAAACCUGCUAUCUUCUGUAGCCAUUCAUGUACCAGUCAAUCGACUUUGAAAGUCAAAUAAUUUUAUUUUAUUCUUUCCUCCCCUCAGUCACUAACCAUGCCCUGUACUGAGUUGGAAGUAAAAGCAUAAGUGGUGCACAGCAGCAGCCCUACUUCUAUGUUCUACAAUUUGAUGGAUAGGAAAGAAAAAGUCCUUCCCCUGACAAUUUUUUAAGUUAAAUUCAAUAGAUUUAUUUCUCUCUCUCUCUCAUACACGCACAUUUAUACACACGCACAAAUGUGCUUAUGAGAAGCAGAUGCUGUGAUGGUUUUGUUCUUGAAAAAAGAGGCGAGUGUUUGCUCACAGCAUUGCAUGGAGAACUGAUGGCAGCAAGAAAGAAACAGAAAUGUUAAGACUCCUCAUGUUUCCACAAAUAGGAAAAAAGGCCCUUAAAAUCAGGUCACAGUCAAAUUAUGUGUCUUAAUGCAUUACUAAAGGAGUUGUUUCAUUCUUUUUGUGUGUGGUGAAUUCUGAUGCUGUCCCAAGAAAAUGGAUAAUUCAUUUUGCGAGGACUUAUAAAACAUGAUGUACUCUGUCACUAUUUCUGGGAGAACAUAGGGAAAUUAUUGUCUUUUUUCAAGAAAAAUCUACAUACUAAACUCUUUAAAGUCGUCAAAGAUUUUAUUUUAUUCUUAUUAAUGUUGAGAAAUCUGCUUUCAAUUUUUGUGUCUUCAUCUGAAGACUGUGAGGGUUCAAGCUGUCCACCAAUUUUUGAAAAGCAGAUGCCAGUUUGUUUCAACUCGGUAUUUCUACCCCAACAAUAUAAUGGAAUAGUGCAGCUACUGACCACCAGGCAGAUUUGAUUUUUGGAGAGUUGAAUAAGCUGCACUUGACACCAGUAUAAUCAACUUUGUUCCAAUUCCUCUCCUCACCAGACACACAAAUUCAGUGAUCAGUUUAUCUGAUACCUCUUUCAUAGUGUGAAGACAUUCUGUGAAUGGCAGUUUUCUCUCAACUGUCUGCUUCUACCUUAAAACAUGCUUUUGAGGAUGAAGCUCUCAUCACAGCUUUCAGAGAGAGCAGGCGUUGCAGGAGGGGAAUGUCAAGUUUACCCCCACCUCCACUUAGGAUCAGCUGGCCUGUACUCAGCCUUUCUGCUUCCAGUCUAGUGUGUAUGUCUUGCUCUCCUCCCACAAUUCUUGAAGUUUAUGUGUAUAUUUAUACACAUAUAUAUAUACAAACACACAUGUAGCUAUACUGGGUUCCCUUCAUUCCACUCUUGUGCUUCAAAUGCAUGUCCUUUGGAAAUGGAGUGAAUGACAUCAGUAAUCUCAUCGAAGAGUGAGAAAAUGUAGGCGUUUUAUUGCAUUCUCUGUAACCUCAGGAGUGAACAGAUUUUUUUUCCAUAUUUGUAAAAAACAAAAGCAAACAACAGAAACCCAACAAAAACCAAUAUUUUCAAAAUGCCUGAUUUGUUGUAUCUAUAAUGAUGACCAUGGAGUUAGCAGAGUUAUGUAGAGUGGUGCAAUAUAUUGCCUUUCAGCAGACAAGCAUAUCUUUUUGAAAAUAAUUAUUUUAAUUAAUUUCAGGUACAAGCUUUCUCUCCAUAUCAAUGGACCAGCAGCAUAUAUUUCUUAUAAAUGAUUUAGAAAUGUGUAUAUUUUUAAAGUUGAAUUUUGACUUUAAUAUGUCAGCCUUUGAGCUUUUAAAGGGUAUUAGGAUGACAAAUAUUGUUUGUGUGUGAAUUUUUUUAAAAAGUUGAUGCAUGUUAUUUGGAACUGAAAUCUCAUGUAAAGCAGGAAGGUAUUUAAAAAUAAAUACUGCUUUUACAUAUUAGCCCUAUGGGCACAAUAUGACAGUUGUGAUGCAGGAUGUUGUCCCUCUAAAGGCUAAGAACCUCUUGUCUGAGCAAGAUCACAAUCCAGUCCCUGUGACAGAAGAGACAGGAGCAGUUAUCUUGCAAAGGCUGAGCUUGUAGAUCUGUGAGCAGAGAUGGUCAUCUCCAGCAUUGUGUGUAGAUGGCUGGGCAACUGCUGCUCAACAUACUAAAAAUAGGCUGUGUUGGCAGGUUUACACUUGCCCUGUCUUAUGGGGUGAACUGAUUGCCAAGGGGAAUUAGAAAUGUGUCUGGAAACCUGUGUUUUAGCUGCCCUUGGUCUGUACAGUGCUCUCCUUGUUCUUGCUCUGUGACACCAUGAUGAGACUUGUGAAAGCUGGGCUGGAGUCCCCUGCGAAAUGCAGCAUGGUUUUAGCUUACAAUAAAGAUAGUUUAGGGAUGGGGGUAAUUAAAACAUCACAGCUAUGUCGUGCAGCUGCUCAAAGGCUCAAGUCUUCAAGAUGGAUCAACUUUGCAUCAUUAAUGAUGGCAGUUUGCAUACAGGAGCUCAAAUACUGCUUCCCUCCCUCAUUGUCUUUGGCAGUCUUCAAUGGCAUUGAGAUCAUUUGGAUCAGCCUCAAAUGCCCAAAUUGCAGUCCAGUGUUGGCUGGUAUAGCAUGGUGACCUGGGAUCUGGCCCAGCAUUGGUGGACAUCAGUUGGAAUCAGCAUUGAUUCUGGUGAGCUUGGCUUCAGGUGACUAGUACCUAUAGUCAACUGAUAUUUAUAGCAGUUGAGGUUUACAGUAAUCUACUAAAGUAUCUGCAGAACUAUGCUGCACUUUCCCUGCUAGCUGUUUGUAGCUGUUGUUUAAAACUAUCAGUCAAAUCAGGGUCCCCCUCCUCCCCUCUACUGUUUUCCAACCCUGCUUCCCUCAAAACUCCAUUAAACUUUUUUGCUCCUCUUAUCAAAACUGAUGGGGAAGCUUUGUAUAAAGAAAAGUGUCACUGUUUUAAUUACUGAAUAAAUAAUUUAAUGUGAAUUUUAUUGUUAUAUUUUUAUGUAGCAUUUUCAGUUUGGUCUGUAUUUCUCAACAAUUAGCUAAUGCUUUCUUUUUAUUCUUAUGCGACUGAAGAACUCAUAAAUCUCUUUGUAAAUUACAGCAUCCCGAGUUUCUAUUUUUUUUCAUGAGAUUAAUUUUUAGAGCCAAGGGUUUAUCUUCUGUUGAAAAUGUGGUAAAACAAGUGUUCUGAACUGCUUCUCUACUAAAAUUGGAUGGAGUGAAAGCCUAGCAUCAAAGAGAUUUCGAACAGGGCUCUCAUGAAGGCACUAGCUUUCUGUUUCAGAUACUGUCAAUUGCUUCUGUUACCGUGUUGUCUUUUUAUAUAUACAUAUAUAUUUUAGUUGCAUUAACACUAGAGGUUAUUUUACAAUGAGACUUAGUAGAAUCACUACCUGACGUUUCUUAGUGUAAGACCCUUUUUAAUGCUGUUGUUUUCUGACAGUUUUGACAGUCAUCAAGUAGAGAUUUGCCAUACAGGUAAUUGAUCUCAAAUUUUUUUGGCAAAGUUCAGUGAUUCUGGCUAAGGAGGUAACUUUGCCCUUGCUAAAAUUAUUUUACAACUGUUUUAUUAAGAAAGAUUUGCAUGUCUGUGUUCUGGCUCGAGGGCUUAAGUUUUGGUGUUUUGGUCACAGAUACAUCAUUUAUUGUUCCAGCAGAGGGGAAAAAGAAAACCAAAGUUUGGCCAAGCACUGAGCUUUUGAAAAAUUACCACUUGCACGCAAUCAGCAGGGAGCUGUUACGAGUUUAGUUGCAAAAUCCUGUGAAGAUCCUGACCAUAUGGGAUGUACUCUGUUUCAGAGCAUCAGGAGAUGAGCAGGAUUUUCCCCAUACGUCUUGCUCCAGGCUUUGUUUCCAGGACAAGAGAGCAAGCAGGGUCCUUUUUCUCUGUGCAAAAUCACCUUGUCCUUCCUUCUUAGGCCAUGAGGAAGAGAUGGAAAGAGCUGCCAGGUAGAAACUCAAGGAGAGGAAGGCCAGGAAAGGAGAAGACUGGGUUCAAAAGCUUCCUGUAGGAGAGAAUGGGGUUUGGGAGCUACCAGGAGAGAAGCAGUCUGUGUGGACAGUGGGGAUGAAGAUGGGAUGUGAACCGCUAAAAAAGAAAAAAAAAGAAAAUAAUGCCUAACAAUCACUUGGCUAAUACAUGAAAGAUGUAGAGGGGGAUGUCACAGCCAUCAAAAAAUACCAGAAUAAUGUGAGGACUUAGAAAUUUAGUAUAAACUAAGUGCCAAGGAAAACGUAGGGUAAUCAUUGCAGGAUAUUUCUUUCUUUGAAGUGAGCUGUGUACACUGCCGUUUAGUCUGUGAGAAAAGUCAUGAAAGCCCUUUUGCUUUAAGAUGAUCACAAUAAUCCCCAGCAAAGCAAAGGCAUUUUAGGAAGGAAGAGCAUGUUAAGCAAGGGGAUGAACUAGCUGAAAUGCUUUUUCUUCUUCCUGUAACUUCUACUGCUCUCACCAGAGUGGGGCUCCAGCUGUAUUGCCCUACACUUGGGCUUCCAGGUGGUUAUGGGGGUUAUUUCUACAUGCUCACAUCGCAUCAAGAAAUGAAAGCAGGGGAAGUGACACUGAAGAGUAAGCAUUACUUUAUGACUGAUUUUGUUUGUGACAAUCCACGUCCUCUGUUAAUGUAAAUCGGUGUCACCCACUUGGCUUUAGUAACCUUAAUGCCCACUAAGAAUCUCGUCAGUUAUGUCUGGAUAAAUCUUGUUUUGGCUGUUAUCAGCUGGAAACUGGGUCCUAGAUUGGUGCCUGGGGGAGGUGCUUCCCUCAGAGCCAGGAUCCAGAUGGGUGACAUCAGUGGUGCUCAGCUCGCCUAGUACAGGGAAAAUGCCACGGAAAAAGUGAGGAGUGGGGUUGGCAUCCUCCGUGCUGGUGGGGGAGGUAAGCAUGGCCCAUGGCCAGCUGCUGGGGCUGGCUGGCCCUGGUGGGACAGAGGUGCUACUAACUCUUCAUGGAGCCCCCAGCCAUGGUGGGGCCGGUCAUCCCAGCAGGAUCUCAGACUCUGAGGGGUUAUGCUCCCUGCAUGACGUGGGAGGCCGGGUGGGGACUGAGACAUCUGGUGAGAAUUCCUCACAGCUGAGCUGUGUGUUGGGCUGGGAUGCCGAUUAAUUUAGCUGAUUUCUUUUCUGGGGUUGUUGGGAGGAGGAGGGGAGGCUAGAUGCCACAGCCUUCCAGUAAUUGUCACUCCUUCAGAGUAUCACUUUUUCUUUCUUUGAAGACAAGUGAGAAAUUAUAUUAGAAAAACAAACAAACAAAACCAAAAUGCAACACCGAAACAACAAACCAACACCAGGAACUAUACCAAUGUCUUUGCUUUGGCAAUAAAUGUACAUCUGCAAUGGGAAAAUGUGUGGGUAAUAAAGUUUUGAUGUUGGCUGUUGUACAUACA